GGCGUAAAAUCUUUUAUGGAAAUGUCAGCGAUAUCCCAUAAUUUAUCUUUCUAACAAGUAAUUAUGAAACAUUGAGUUAAUUGGAAUUGGGUCACGUUUGGAGCUCCAGAGAAGAACUCGGGUUACGCCUGAAUAGAACAUGGAGGGAGAGAGCUCGCAGCCAUCGAACAGAGGAGGUGACAAUAGUGGGUCCGGUCCAUCCGUAUCAGCUAUCCGGGUCAGGUCCAGACCCGACUGCUUCUUGAUUAUCUAUCGAUGCUUCCGCUUGAUUACUUCUCUUGCGGCCAUUCUCUGUAUUGCUGUAAAUGUUCUCUCCGCCGUCCGAUCUUUCAAGAACGGAUCAGAUGUAUUUGAUGGAAUAUUCCGGUGUUACGCGGUGGUGGUUGCUAUGUUUGUGGUGGCGGCUGAGACAGAAUGGGGAUUCAUCAUGAAGUUCUGGAAGGUCCUGGAGUAUUGGGCUGGGAGGGGUAUGCUCCAGAUAUUUGUUGCAGUGAUGACCAGGGCUUACCCGGAGUACUUUGAGAAGCAUCAAGAUCUCUUUCUUCUUCAGAGCAUAGCCAGCUACCUGCUUCUUGCAUGUGGUGUGAUUUAUGUUAUAUCUGGAAUUUUAUGCAUUGGUGUUUUCAAGCGUUAUCGCCAGAAGAAAGAAUUUUCAAGGGAUCAAGCAAUUAAGGAUCUCCAGGAUCUGGAGCGCCGUAGAGAAGAACUUGAGUCCCUGUUGAUUGUAGAGGGUGCUUGAAUGAGAUUGGAGACUACGAAUAAACAAGAACACCCCAUUUUUCAACCUAGAUGUGCAGAUUUUCAAGUUAGAAUGAUAAUUUAUGUAACCUCUCUAUUUGUAUAAUUGCAUAAUUUUCUUGACAGCGAUUAAUUUUCAAUGUUGAAUAGAAUACUGCAGCUAGAUGUACAGUUACAUGAUAACAUCUGCAGAGCAAGUUUUGUGAAAACAAUCUGUUUUAUUGAGAAUGAGAAUUUACAUGUUUUCCGCAA